AUGGACCACUGGAGUUUGCCUUUAAAUAAUCUUGGGGAAGCAACACUAAGGAAGCUUGGUGUAUUUCUGGAUAACUGCACCAAGAAGGGAUGGCGGAAACUGGCUGAAGUUAUUGGCACAGACAGACGGUUUAAGUGCAGUGAGAAGGAGUUGGAGACUUGCUCGCUGAAGGUUCUGGAACCAGAUGGAAGCUCGGGCCGAUAUUUUAUCCAGUUAAUGGCAGAGCGUGGCUGCACAGUGAACCAUCUAAUCAGCUGUCUGCAUAAGAUGGGACAUACAGAGGCAUUGAAGUGCCUGUUGUCAGUGGGGUUGCUGAUGUCUGGCUUUCCCUCAACCCCGGAUACUAUACGUAUCAUUGUGCAGCCCAAACAACAAGAUGCUACUGUUGGAGAUAGGGUCUCUCUCUGCUGCCAGGCCAUUGGGCCCCCAGGUCUCGGCUAUCAGUGGUUUCGAGGAAAGCAGGAGGUCAAGGGUGGAGACUCCUCGGAGCUUCUCUUCAACUCUGUUGACCUUGAUGAUGGUGACUGGUAUGUCUGUAGGGUUCACUGUGGAGCCCACUAUUUGUUUUCCAAAUGGGUCCGGCUCCGAGUUGCCAGCAGCUCAACAACAAGAGAGAGUGGGUUUGGUCUGACUUUGAACAGGGUGCACAUUUUGGUGCAUCCGAACUCACUGACCCUGAAGGAGGGUGAUAGCUUGGUACUUCCUUGUUAUGCUGUGGGUGAUCCUCCGCCAAAGUACCAGUGGUUUCAGAACAACCGAAUGUUGCCCGAAGCAAAUGAACCGUAUCUAAAGAUCAAUGGAGUCACGACUGCUGAUCGUGGGCACUAUUGUUGUCAUGUGUUCAAUCUUUAUCAUGAGGUCUGGAGCAAGAUUGUAGCUGUGGAGAUCGGACCCAAUACCUCCUUUAAUGAGGCAUUCCUCGUGGGCACUGAUGAAGAUUCCAGCCUUGGACCACUGCUGAAAACUCUCCAUCGACCUGAGGAUUUCUAUGCAACAGACAAGGUGGCUCUGCUAAUGGGGAACAUGAAUUAUUUACACCACAAGCAGCUGAAGGCUCCAAUGGUAGAUGUGCAUGAGCUCACAAACCUCCUUCGCCAGCUCGACUUCAAGGUUGUGUCCCUGCUCGACCUCACCAGACUCGAGAUGCACAGAGCUGUGUAUGAAUUCCUGCUGCUUCUUGACAAGGGAGUGUAUGGUUUGCUUUACUACGCCGGCCAUGGAUAUGAAAACUAUGGGAACAGCUUCAUGGUUCCCAUUGAUGCUCCAGGUUCCUACACAUCCAAACACUGCCUGUGUGUCCAAAACAUUCUGCAGUUGAUGCAGGAGAAACAAACUGGGCUGAAUAUCUUCCUCCUUGACAUGUGUCGCAAAAGGAACAUGCAUGAUGAAAUCAUUCCACAAAUGGAAGCCUUGAGAGUCACAGCAAAUAUUGUCUAUGGUUAUGCCACUUGCCCGGAUGCAGAGGCAUAUGAAAUCAGCCAAGGGGAGCUUUCAAAUGGGAUUUUCAUCAGCUUCCUGAAGAAACGUUUAUUGGAGGAUGAAAAAAUCACUGUCUUGCUGGAUAAAGUUGCAGAAGAUAUGGGGAAGUGCGAACUUACAAGGGGAAGACAAGCUUUGGAGAUCCGGAGCAGCCUGUCAGAGAGACGAUCAUUGACAGAUCACAUUAAACCACCCAACUAUUACGAUGAGUAUUCAGCCAGGAACCUGCAGUGGGCCAAAGCCCACGCCCUUCCAGAGAGCAGGUAUAUCCAUUUUGAAUGUGGAGUCACAGUUCGUCUGGGAUUUGCAGCUGAGUUUUCAAACAUUAUGAUUAUUUAUACCAGGAUAGAACAAACUCAGAAGGACAUCACUAAAUGUGAAGCCAGACUGGCUGAUUUUUCAGAGGACCUGGACAUAGACCUGAAGCACACAAACAAAGGCUGCCCUGAGGAAACAGGCAGCAUCCUCUUCACUGUCAGGAACUUUGACUAUCCAGAUAAGUGUCUCUACACAAGGCUUAGUGGCCUACAGAAGCUAAGGAAAGAGCUGAGCUUUUCCAUUUGCCUCCAGUAUCAGUAUAAAGAAAUGGAGGAAUUCAUAGAGGAGAAGAAAAUAGUCAAUGUUGGAAAACCCCUUGUAUCUAAACUCAACCUGCAUGGACCAGAGCACCAGAGUGAAUACAUCUCAAUUUACGACUCAUUGCAAAGUUCCUUAAGUGAGCCUUUACAGCUGUCGACCCAAGACUCGAGCCUCACUUAUUCCUCUUUACCAGCCUCUUUAAGUUCUUGCAAUAGCUUGAAUGACCUUGAGGGUUAUACUAAUUUACUCCAACACAACUCCACCAAUCUGCACUACAGCACCCAGGAGCGACAGAACCAGGGCCGAAUGUCAGCGGGAGCUACAGCUGGGCUAAUGACCAAAGAGGUCAUUGAGGGGAUUACCGCUCAGUUUAAGUCUCUGAGUUCCUCCCAAUGAUCAAGACUUUCUGUUCACACAGAGGCAUCAGAACGGACAACAGCAUAAUAUUGGAGAACUUCAUACCACAAUGCAAAAUACUUCAACACUUAUUAAUUAGAGGGGUAGAAGACUCUUUGUGGAAUCCAGAGACAAUAAGGAAAAAUUUAGUUUUCUUGUGAUACUGUAUACCAUGUACCCAGCAUUUAACCACUUUUUCAUUUUAGCCAGUCCUUCUCGACAAUCAGCUUGUAGUAGUUCUACCUGUUCUUUUCCUUCUUCAGGAUACAAUAGGCCAAUCUUGAGGUAUGAAGCUAUUGGAAAUAAAGGGAAGGGCAAUGUUAACUAAGGGCGGAAUUGUCCCAGAUUUACACUAAGUCCGGUAGUGGGUGGGAAAAAGAACGUUUUAUCCCCCGGCUGCAGUGGUGGCUUUUCACGUUGUAUCAUCCCAAUCCUGCCUCAUUAAUCAUGCAUUCCUGGGAAACAUGCUGUCUCGCUCCAAUUUAUCUACCACGCCGUCACCUCACUGCUUCCUCAUGCUGGGCGCUGUAUUUAAAGGGUAGCUGCAUGCGCUCCUCUCAUUGCUUCCAGCCCAGGACUGCUGCACAGAAGACAUGGUCCCAAAAAGCAAGAAGACUGCAGGCCCCGAAUCAGUGAUGCAUACCUGGAACGCCUUUGGAGCCCGCCACAAUGUCCUCUACCCCCCCCUCCCACCCCAGUCUGGCCGCCCGCAGGAGGUCCAUCAGCGUCACCACUCUGGCUUGGGAGGUGGUGGCAGAGGUGGUCAGUGCCAAUGCUCCACAGAAGAAGUUGGCCAUCCAGUGCAGAAAACAGAUGAAUGAUCUCAUCCAAACCACCAAGCAUCC